CCAGCCACGGGGGUCGUCCGCACGCAGCCCCGAGGCUCCAUUCAUUCGCGCGGCUCCGCCUCCUGGCCCGGGCUUCCCGCCGCUCUCCCCCGGGGCGGGCGCGGCCGAGAAGAUGGCAUUCCCUGUGGACUUGCUGGACAACUGCAGUCAUGAGGAAUUGGAAAACUCUGCUGAGGAUUAUCUGUCAGAUUUAAGGUGUGGAGACCCUGAAAAUCCAGAAUGUUUUUCUCUUCUCGAUAUUACGAUCCCGAUUAGCCUGUCGAAUGUAGGCUUUGUACCUCUUUAUGGUGGAGAUCAGACUCAGAAAAUUCUUGCUCUUUUUGCACCUGAGGAUUCUCUAACAGCUGUGGCACUUUACCUUGCUGAUCAGUGGUGGGCUAUUGAUGAUAUUGUGAAAACAUCUGUCCCUUCUAGAGAGGGACUGAAGCAGGUGAGCACUCUGGGGGAAAGAGUGGUUCUGUAUGUUCUCAACCGAAUUAUUUAUAGAAAACAGGAAAUGGAGAGAAAUGAGAUCCCAUUCCUGUGUCAUAGCAGUACUGAUUAUGCUAAGAUUUUGUGGAAGAAAGGAGAGGCCAUUGGGUUUUAUUCAGUUAAGCCUACAGGAAGCUUAUGUACCUCAUUUCUUACCCAAAGUUACCAACUCCCAGUUCUUGAUACAAUGUUUAUAAGAAAGAAGCACAAAGGCAGAGACUUUGGACUUCAUAUGCUGGAGGACUUUGUGGAUUCCUUUACAGAAGAUGCCCUGGGCUUGCGAUUUCCACUGUCUUCUCUCAUGUACACAGCUUCCAAGCAAUACUUUGAAAAAUAUCCAGGAGACCAUGAACUCCUUUGGGAAGUUGAAGGUGUUGGACAUUGGUUCCAGAGAAUACCAGUCACCAGAGCAUUACAGAGAGACGCACUUAAAAUGGUUUCUCAGUAUGAAGCUAAAAGAUCUGUGUCUGGAGAAUAUGGUCUUGCUGCUGUUCCAGAAUAUGAACCAGGGAUUGAAGACAGUCACCCUACUGAGAUGCAGCUAACUAUUGAUUCUCUAAAAGAUGCCAUUGCAAGUACUUCUGAAGGUUCUGAAAAGACAUCUGUUUCCACUCGUCCUCGGGGCAGUCAUUUAAAGAGACCAAAGAUUGGAAAGCGGUUUCAGGAUUCUGAAUUUAGUAGUUCUCAAGGUGAAGAUGAAACCACUGCCCAGACUUCACCUACAGCUUCAAUAAACAAAUUGGAGUCCACUGUGCGCACAUCAGAGAGCUCAGAAGAAUUCCUGGCAGAGGAACCUGAGCAGAGAGUGAUAGAAUUUGAGGGUGAAAGCUUUGAUAAAGAUGUCCAGCCAGCACCAGAAACACAGCCACACCUGGAGAAGCAAGAUGGUGACAAAGACUCUGAAUUAGAGCCUAUGAAUGGUGAGGUGUUAGAUAAUGUUCUUAAGACCUCACUUACUACCGAAGAAGAGGACUCCACAAGUGAAGGGUUGGAAGAAGAAUUAAAAGUGCAGUCUUUAAGCUCCAGUGAUGAUGCUACCAGUCUUGUUCCACUAGCAGCAGAGUCUUCAAAACUCCCCGAGACUGUUGCACUAGAUAAGACCUCACAUAUAGCUGAAUCAGAAAUGUUAACAGACCAAGGCCCAUCUGAUGACAAAGAACACAGUGAAGAAAAGCUGUCCCUGGUUUCAAGAAAGAAAGCACAAUUGGGUAGCUCGGACAAUGUUGUCACUAUCUCACGUGAAGAAAGAUCUGAAAGUGUUGUCCCAAACUCUGUAGUAGCAGAAUUUCCUGAAGAACCAGUCUCUGAGAAUAUAUCACCCCAUACUACUUCCUCAUUGGAAGACCAGGGUGAGGAGGGAGUGCCUGAAUCCCAGGAAACCUCUGCUGCUCUUUCUCAGAGUUCUCUGAUAGAGGUAGAACUUGAAGAUGUGCCAUUUUCCCAGAGUGCAGGACAGAAGAACCAGUCAGAGGAGCAGUCUGAAGCUUCUUCUGAGCAACUGGAUCAGUUCACACAAUCAACAGAGAAAGCUGUGGAUAGCAGCUCCGAGGAGAUAGAAGUGGAAGUGCCGGUAGUAGACAGGCGGAAUUUAAGAAGAAAGGCCAAAGGGCAUAAAGGACCUGCCAAGAAGAAAACCAAGCUGACCUGAACGAAGAAAUGCGUAUGAUAAAUCCUCUUUGUAACAUAACUGUUGUUUUUAAAACAUGGUAAUUAAUAAACAGCAUGGGGCACAGGACAAAAAUU